GCUCAAUUCAACAGUGCAAAAUGCCCAUAAUAUCACUUUAAGCAUUAGCACGAUGAUAAUUGAUACUGUUAAUAAUCGAAUCAAAUAGCAAUGCCCGACAAACCACUAAAACAGGUUUGUUCGAAGAACGCGCCUAUAAAUACGGAUACUUCUCGUGUGGCCGGUUGACUCAUAUGUUUAAAUUUCACUUCCAUUCUUCUUUUGGUUUUCUGUUUUGUAUCUAUAGGUUUAUGACCAGCAAUAUGUUAUAAUGUAAAAUAAGCCGCGAAAACUCCCCGUAACAUCCCGUACUGCGUGUGAUGCAGCUAAGAACUGCACAGAAAAAGACAUUCGCUAUCCUUGAUCUCAUUCAUUAAACUAUUUACGCCGUAUAUCUUUUUUUAAAGAUAUUUCUUGUUUGGCGUACACGCGUAUAUAUACGUUAUGUCUAUUUAUCAAGAAAGGGAGAAAAACGAUCGUUUCACGACUACAGAAGGCAUUAUGUCGUUGGAUACUGUUGGAAUCGUAGGAGUUCCAGUGAGCAAAGGCCAGCGUCGUGACGGCACAGAGAAGGGCCCACAAGUGUUACGUGACGGCGGACUGAUCGAGAAACUGAUGCGUUUCGGUUGGAACGUCACAGAUUAUGGGGACGUCAAUUAUGACUUGGUCGACGAUGACUUGCCGUAUGAUCAUGUCAGAAAUCCAAGAAACGUCGCCAGCGGCUCAUUAAAUACAGCGGACCUGGUGGAGCGAUGUUUACGGGCGGAAGGACGCUGUAUCGCGUUAGGCGGCGAUCACAGCAUGGCUAUCGGAACCAUCAUGGGUCACGCGCGCAUCCACCCGGAUAUGGCGGUGCUCUGGAUUGAUGCGCACGCAGACAUUAACACGCCGCUGACGUCAGAUAGCGGUAACAUUCACGGGAUGCCGCUGUCGUUUUUGGCGCACGAGCUGGACAACUACAUCUCGUAUUUGCCUGGAUGGGAGGAAGUAAAGCCAUGUAUCAGCGUUGACCAGGUGGCGUGGAUCGGCCUGAGGGACGUGGACCCUCUGGAAAGGGCCAUCGUGGAGAAGUUCAACAUGAACUCGUUCAGUAUGCAGGAAGUGGAUCACUUUGGCAUCCGAAGGGUCCUCGACAUGGCGCUAGAGGCGGUCGACCCGACCGGUACCAAACCCAUUCACGUGAGUUUCGACGUCGACUCGAUGGACCCUCAGUACACGCCCAGUACCGGAACUCCCGUCAGUGGCGGUCUGUCUCUCCGAGAGGUGUGCUACAUAGUGGAAAUCGUGGCGCAAACAGGUCGGCUUGCGGUUAUAGACAUUGCGGAGGUGAACCCGACGCUCGGUGACAAGAACGACGUCGACCUCACUGUGAAGACGACGAUUGACGUCGUCUCGCAUUUCUACGGCCAGCGUCGUCAAGGCAACGCCCCCGAAGGCGCCGAGAUUCCCCUUUCGAUUACGAAACGUUUCCCGUCUAAGCCCAGACCUGUUGGGACAAAUUAGAAACUGCUACAAAACUAAACCGCAGCGUCGUGUGUUUGGCUUUGGCUCAAAAGAAGGAAUGAAUUCGUAUUUCACUUAUACCUCGUUGAGAUACAUGUAUAAGUAAUGACAUUUUGACAGCCAUUGUCAUGGUGAGGCGUUUUUGAGGAGUUCGUAUUGUAGACCUCUCCAAAACCUAAAAAAAGCAUUCGUAGUAGUAUCAUGAUUAUUAAGCAAAGAGGACCGGAGGAAUGGAUUAUUCAUGUUUUAGUUAAUCUCAGUAUCAUUUAUUCACCUGACAAAGAAUUGAGGUCGAGAUCUCUCAUGAUCUCUCAAACUACGCAUUGGUGUAUGUACUAACGAACUAUCACACUUGCAAAUUUGUGUUUGAAUCAUACAUUUCUUUAUCUUUACAUAUUUAAAGAGAUAUUGUUUACAUUCGAAUGUUGAACCUAAUUAGCAGUUGAUAUUUUACACUGUAUGACUUUCAAUCAGAUGAUUCGUCGUUGUGUAUAUGUUUUGAACUUUCAUAUGUUUUAUGCGUGUUUGUAUACAUGUAUGUACUUUUAUCUUUCUCUGGGAGGUCAGGCGGGAAAUCUGAUAAGGACCGUAAGCGGGAUCAGGAUUAUUUCCGGUGUCCCUGGUGUGACUGAUGGUGUAGACUCGGGCGCCCUGGCAGCAGUGGUCUAUCUCUAUGGACUGUUGUGGGCUGGACGCUCGAGUACAGUAAGACCACUUCGGGGAUCCCUUGGUCUUUAACAAGAUUUUUGGUCUUUUGACCUCCAUCUCUUGCAUAUUGCUAUUGUUUUCCAUUCAUGCUUGAUUACUUCCUGUACAUUAUAAAUAACUUUUUGCAUUGACUCUGCUGCUGGUCCAGCAAAUCUAUACCCUUAUAUUUAACUGUUUUUAUAUAUAUUUAACCCCAUGCGUGUCAUGAUGAUGAUAAUAUGUCUUUCAUUUCCCCUCCUAGUGCAAAACCAGCAGGAAAGUCGGGAAUGUGUUAAGUUUGAAUUGUGUUGUUAAUGCCUUAAAUUGUAUUGAUAGAUUAUGUAUCUGUAUUUCUAUAUCCAUGUAAAUGUGUUUUUUCUUUUAUCUAGCUUUUUACUCUUGUUUUACUGUUUACAUUUGUUGUAUAGUUGGUUCAAAAGCUUUGCAGCUUAUGUUAUUUGUUAUUGUCUUGCCGACUCAAAAUAAAUUUUAUUUGAUUGA